GUUUCCCAUUUUUCUCACCAUAUAAGCAAAAAACAAAACAAAAUCUCAACUUCCCUUUCUGUUCCCAUUCUUUUCUCUUUAUUCCAUCCGAGUCCCCGACACUUCCCCACACACCGCAACACAAUGCAGGCUCUUCUUCCACCCUCAACUUACAAUCUCACAAAACCCGCCCUACGCCUCCCCCGGGUCGCCCCACCCCGCCUCGCCGUCCUCAAAUGCGCCUACCGCUCCGACUCCGUCCACUUACCCAACAGCGUCGGCUCCAGCCGCGCUGACUGGCAGAGCUCCUGCGCCAUUCUUGCCAGCAACGUCGUUUCCCAGCAGCCCCAGCCGCCAUCUGACAAAUCGAGAAACGCUGACCAUGUCGGCUCGGUCAACGGCCACAAGACCUCCGUUGACCUCGAGAUUGUCCCCAUGGAGAAGCUCUCGUCGUCGUCGUCGUCCCCGGAGGACAAGUCGUCUUCUCCGCCUCCCAGGGCGCUCACCAUCACCGACCUCUCUCCAGCUCCGAUGCACGGAGCCCAGCUGCGUGUCGCCUACCAAGGCGUCCCCGGGGCGUACUCCGAAGCCGCCGCUGGAAAAGCCUACCCGAAAUGCGAGGCCAUCCCCUGUGACCAAUUCGAAGUCGCCUUCCAAGCCGUCGAGCUCUGGAUCGCCGAUCGAGCAGUCCUCCCAGUUGAAAACUCCCUUGGCGGCUCAAUUCAUCGCAAUUACGAUCUCCUCCUCCGCCACCGCCUCCACAUCGUCGGAGAAGUCCAGCUUCCGGUCCACCACUGCCUCCUAGCCCUCCCCGGAGUCCGGAAGGAGUACUUGAACCGAGUCAUCUCGCAUCCUCAAGCCUUGGCUCAGUGCGAGCUGACUCUCACGAAACUCGGCCUCAACGUCACUCGCGAAGCCGUCGACGACACCGCCGGCGCAGCCGAGUUCGUCGCCGCCAACAACCUCCGCGACACGGCGGCCAUCGCUUCGGCACGUGCCGCCGAACUCUACGGCAUGGAGAUCUUGGAGAACGGGAUCCAGGACGACUCGAGCAACGUGACCCGGUUCGUGAUGCUGGCCCGGGAGCCGAUCAUUCCCCGCACGGACCGGCCGUUCAAGACGAGCAUCGUCUUCGCGCAUGACAAGGGGACGUCGGUUCUGUUCAAGGUCCUAUCGGCGUUCGCCUUUCGGAACAUCAGCCUGACAAAGAUCGAGUCGCGGCCGCACCGGAACCGUCCGAUCAGGCUGGUGAGCGAUUCGAACGAAGGAACGGCGAGUCACUUCGAGUACCUGUUCUACGUGGACUUCGAGGCGUCGAUGGCGGAGGUUAGGGCACAGAACGCGCUGGCGGAGGUUCAGGAGUUCACGUCGUUCUUGAGGGUGCUGGGAAGCUACCCCAUUGAUAUGACUCCUUGGAGUCCAUCUAGGGGGGGUGAUUAGUGCAAUUACUUGAUUCUUUAGACCCGUAAAUUGUAAAAUUAUUACUGCAAAGAACAAGGACUUGGGAGAAAAUUUGAUA